AUGUCUUCCAAAGUUAGGGCGCAGAAGAAGCAAUCUUCGGAGCUUCAGCCGUUUCAGAUUACGUCACUUCCCGAUGACAUCAUCGUGGAUAUUGUAGCACGUGUCCCUAGAUAUAACUAUCCUGCUAUCUCCAUCGUUUCCAAGAGCUUUCGAGCUCUCGUUUCGUCGCCUGAGCUAUACAGAAGACGAUCCCUGUUAGGCUGCACCGAACACUGCCUCUAUGUUGUCUUCUAUAACCUUGCCACCGUUGGUUGCCGUUUGUCUAUUCUCCGCCGGAAAGUCAACAAUAAUCACUUGAUCAGUAUAUGCUCGCUUCCUCGCGGUGGAAGCUAUGUCACCGUGAAUUCAAAGAUAUAUUGUUUAUUCGAUGAGAUUGCAUGGUGCAUCGAUUGUAGAUCUCACACGGUGCAGUCCAUCUCCAACAUGCCUCAACGCAUGGAGAGAAAGGUGGCUGCAAUCAUCGAUGGGAAGAUUUACGUAAUCGCAGAUUGUUUGUGUGAUGUUGAGGAGGUGAGUUGGAGUAGGUUCUCGAAGAGAGUCAUGGUGUUGGAUACAAAAACUCAAAUAUGGGAGCCUGAGAUUACAAAGUCUGACUUGAAGCUGGGAAGCUUGUGGCAGGAUGCUGUGGUGAUGGAGGAUAAGAUUUACAUGACAGAUUCUUCGAAAAGCGUUGUUUAUUGGCCAAAGGAAAAUAAAUGGCAAGCGGAGGAGAUGCUGAAUACUAAGAAAUGGGAAGUAGGUGCGUGUGUCGUUGACGACGUAUUGUACUAUUACGAUGUUUACGAGAAUGAGUUAAGGGCAUAUGAUCCAAAGAAGAGGUGGUGGAAAGUUGUGAAAGGUUUGGAAGAAUUAUUGCCUAAGGCGGCAGGUUCAUGGUCUUCCAGAACAGUAAGUUACGGUGGGAAAUUGGCAAUUUUCUUUCAUAAAGUUUCUGAGGCCAGGAUGAAAACAAAAGAGAGUUGGUGGGCGGAGAUUGCUUUGGACACACGGCAAGGAGGAGAGAUUUGGGGUAAGGUGCAAUGGUGUGAUGGUGUGACUUUUUUUUAUGAUGGGAACCUUUACGUGGCGAAAUGUUUAGCUGUUACGGUUUGA